AUGGCAACUAGCAGCAGUCACAACGGGCGGCGGGCGUCGAUCGCCUCGUCUUCAACCGCUGAAGACGUGGAACAACACAGCGAGAAGCACACCAGCUUCGACGCCAGCGACAGGGACCAUGAUCGCACUUUGCAGCAUACCAUGGUGAAUUCCGUAGAAGGCCACGAAGGCCAGGAGCACGAGCAUCUCUUAGAGAAGGCAGAAGACGAGGAGGAGCAACAGCCAACGCAACCACCGCCUCCGGCCAAGAAGAGCAGUACCUAUACUGCUGUCAUGUGGAUGGUCAUCAACACGCUGGCCACCAUCGGCAUCGUCUUCACCAACAAGGCCAUCUUUUCUGACCCAACCUUGAAGCUCGCGCAGCUGACCUUUGCGGCCUUUCACUUUUUCAUUACGUGGUUGACGCUAUUCACCCUCUCGCGGCCGCGACUCGCCUUCUUCGUGCCCCGUCGAACUGCGAUUCGGGACAUUAUCCCCCUUGCCAUUGCUAUGUCACUUAAUGUCAUCCUGCCGAAUCUCUCGUUGGCCUUCUCUACCGUCACGUUCUAUCAGGUGGCCCGCAUUCUCCUAACGCCCACGGUCGCAGCCAUGAAUUUUGUGCUGUACAAGGCGACGCUCCCUAGGAAUGCGCUCAUUGCUCUGAUUCCAGCAUGUGCAGGAGUAGGGAUGGUAUCAUACUACGAUUCGCUCCCGACAGAUGACGUCAACGUUAAGACGACUUCUGGCCUGGGUAUCAUCUUCGCCUUUACCGGAAUCUUUGCGUCCUCAUUGUACACCGUCUGGAUCUCGAGCUACCACCGAAAACUGCAGAUGACGAGCAUGCAACUCCUGUUCAACCAAGCGCCCGUCUCCGCGUUUUUACUACUCUACGUCAUUCCGUUCGUCGACACCUUCCCUGUGUGGACAGAGGUUCCCGUCAACCGAUGGGUGAUGAUUAUGAUGUCUGGUGUCUUCGCCUCCUUGAUCAAUAUCUCCCAAUUCUUCAUUAUCGCCAAGACUGGGCCUGUUUCAAGCACGGUCGUGGGACAUCUGAAGACUUGCACCAUUGUUGCCCUGGGAUGGGCCACUUCAGGAAGAUCGGUUGCCGACAAAUCCGUCAUUGGUGUUUUUGUUGCCAUUGGAGGUAUUGUUGGCUACUCGAUUGUGAUGCUCCAGCAUAAAGCAAAGGGGGGUGGCAAGGCAUAG